UAUACGAAUAUUGGCAAUUUGAAUACUAAAAAUUAGUGUGCAAGCAAACUUAUCCGGUUUCUCCAAUUAAAUUAUGGAUAAACCUGAAGUGUUAAAGCCUGCGACCACUGGAAGCUGUGUGGCUUGUGGUAUCAAAUCCAGUCUUGUUUGCCAUAGAUGUGGUGAUUUUUAUUGCAGAAAAAAAUGUCAGCUGAAUGAUUGGCAACGUCAUAGGUAUAUAUGUUUUUCAAUACCCGCCCUGGUGCACCCCUUAGAAUGCUCCGCUUUUGGCAUUAUGGAAGUUCCGCUACUGCACGCAGCUCAACAAGUUUGCAAUAACGAAGAAGUCAAUGCUGCCAAUAUAGGCAAAAUAAAUGCUGAGCUAAUCAAAAAAAAACAUGAUGGAACUGCUCCUCUUACGACGGAUAGAGGAAGCGAAAAAGAAUUUGAUAAGGCCUCCAAUACCGACGAAUCUGUAAUCGCAACAGCCAGCAGCAACAGCAGCAACAAUAACAACAGCUCAAAUUUCAUUACAAAAAGAACGUACGGGAGAAUAAUUGAUCCUCCGCCCCAUGUAGCUUUGCCACUAAGUGGAAGCAUCGUUUAUCUUACUGGCUUUCGAUCGGCAAACCGCUGUUUUGUUCGCGAUGCCAGCGAAAAGGCUGAGAAGGCAUAUUUAGAAAUUUGCCAAAAGAUUCAGUUGUUGGGCAAAGAGAUGAACAAAUUAUAUAAACCGAAGAUCCAUUCAUAUGUCCUUUCCAAAUAUAAAGAUCAAUUUCAGCGUGCCAAAGUAAUUCCUGGACAAUUUCUGCGUCUUCACUAUUUGGAUUUGGGCAUUGUCAAGCCAAGAGGCUGCUCUGAAAUUCGGGAGAUAAACGUCGAAAUCAUGCAACUGCCCUGUCGCAUCGUAGAGUGUCAGCUAAAGGGCAUUGGUCACUCUCCACUGAGCUAUGAUCUCAGAAAUUUCCUUUCAAAAUUCGAGAACAAACGAUUUAUAAUUAGCUAUGGCUGCAAUAAGCAAAUAGAUCUACUACAUGUGGAGACAAACAAAUCAUUGAAUGUAGAGAUAAUCGAAUUUAAUAAGCAAAUUUUUGGUUGUGCAACAUCAUAUGGGAAUAAGCUAAUGCCUGCCAAACCAGAUCCAAGGGACAAGAACACUUUGGAGACCAAAAUGGAAAGAAAUAUACAAGAUAACUUCCCUCAAAAGGAUGCACGUAAUAUGGAAGCUAAAUUAGAAAAUCAACCGACCACAAAAUGUGAUCAGCUCAUAAAACCAAUAGAACUAAAUAUAACCACAGAACGAACACCAAUUGCAAAAGAUGAACAAGAUAGUAAAUCACGUAGCUUACAAAGCUUAGAUAACAAGUUGACAAAUGAAAAUGAAAAAGCAAAAGAAAAUGUGCCAUCUAAUAAUAAUAGAGAGAUUAAUACCAUGUCAGCUGUAACUAACAAAAAUGAAAAUUCGACAAAAGAAGCUAUUGGAAACGUGAAAACUCAUAUAGGGAAAAUAUUUAUGGAUAACAAAAAAGAUGAAACAGAGAAUCAAUCGCCAUCUUCUGUCAUUACUAAAACUAGUAUUGAACCUUUAUUAGUUGCUCCCUUCGAAACGCGCCGUCUUGCCAUCAAUUCGAGAGAAGGACUCAAUGUUUUCAUUGUGGACAAUGCAAAUAUUUCCCGGGGCAUUUUUGGCGCUGUCGAUUGUUCGUAUGCCCGCAAUUUCGCCGACUUGAAGCAUCGCUUGUCGCUGUACAAGGACUCGCAGCCCUACAAACCUGUGGUCAGGGAAUAUGUUAUUGCCAAAUUUAAAGAUGCUUGGUAUCGUGCCAAGGUGAUGGAUAUUAAAACGAACCAGUAUACCCGUACAUGCGACGUCAUGUAUGUUGAUUUUACCAAUGUAUCCACUGUUAACGAGAAGGAUAUUCGACGUUACCCACCGGACUUGAUCGAACCUUGUCGUACAAGCGUUUGCCUCAUUGAAGGCUUUCCUCACCGGCUAACAAAGGCACAAAUCAGCUUCUUACAGGAAAAGUUGCACAUACAUAAUCAGUUGCACAUUGAUGGUGUCAGUUAUUUACAGGAUAUGGCAUUGGUCAGGUGCAGUGCGUUGACCGAUGCACUUAAUAAAAUACCGUAGAUCUACAAAAACAUACACUAACAUUCGAUAUACCACAGAUUAGUAGUACUUUAAUUCGAAAUAUCAAAAAAAGUAUAAAAAUAUAAAUGUUUAAUAAAUGUGUUAAA